GCGGGUGUUUUUAUUUAUUUCUUUGUUCAUGUGCUUAAAACAACAACAAUGGUGGAUAAUUGAAGUGUUAACUUUAGGGCAAGCGAAUUGCAUUUCUUGUUCCAUUUCCAAGACCGAUAUAAAAGCUAAACCAACAGGGGGAGGAUGAAGCGGCGCAAUGCGGACUGCAGCAAACUCCGACGGCCCUUGAAACGGAACCGAAUCACCGAGGGUAUAUACAGCAGUACCUUCCUGUACCUGAAGUUUCUGCUGGUGUGGGUGUUAGUUUUGCUGGCGGACUUUGUGCUGGAGUUCCGGUUUGAGUAUCUGUGGCCCUUCUGGCUCUUCAUUCGUAGUGUCUACGACUCCUUCAGAUAUCAGGGAUUGGCAUUCUCUGUCUUCUUCGUAUGUGUGGCAUUUACAUCAGACACCAUCUGCCUUCUCUUCAUCCCCGUCCAAUGGCUUUUUUUUGCUGCCAGCACCUAUGUAUGGGUCCAGUAUGUCUGGCACACAGAAAGGGGAGUCUGUCUACCCACUGUAUCCCUGUGGAUCCUGUUUGUAUACAUUGAGGCUGCCAUACGGUUCAAAGACCUGAAGAACUUCCAUGUAGAUCUAUGCCGACCCUUUGCCGCUCACUGUAUUGGCUAUCCUGUGGUGACUCUGGGCUUUGGCUUUAAGAGCUACGUUAGCUACAAGAUGCGGCUGAGAAAACAGAAGGAAGUGCAGAAGGAGAAUGAAUUCUACAUGCAGCUACUACAGCAGGCGUUACCACCUGAGCAACAGAUGCUGCAGAGACAGGAGAGGGAGGCAGAGGAGGCAGCUUUAACUAAAGGACUCUCAGAAGUAGAACCCUCAUUGAUAUCCCAAAAUGGAGCACCUCCUGGAAAGAGAACUACCUCAGUGCCCUUGCCAGAACUGGAGUACCGGGAAAAAGUAAAGGACUGUACUGUUAAAGAGCGUGAGGGGAAAAAACAAAACACUAUUGGAAUCAAUAACAACAGUAUCAUACUGGACUCCAAACCACAGGAGACAGAGUAUAUAGAGAGCUAUGUUGGGGUGAAGAGACUGAAUAAUGACCUAGCAGGAGACAAUACAGAUAACGAUAUCAACACACACUCUACUUCCAGAGAUGAUUUGGGGGGGACGGGGAAAAACUACAGAAAUGCAAGUGGGUUCGUGGGUAAUUUGUCUCCAAGGAAUCACUGUUCUUCAAAUGGCGGUGUGCCACCAGUUUCUUCAAGCAGUAAGAAUGAAAAGAAGCAGAAGGGCACAGGGAAGGGGCAAAAGGACCCUACAGAGAACUGCAUUCCCAACAAUCAGUUGUGUAAAUCCGACGCUUUAAUUCGUCUGGAGCAGGAUGUGAAGCGUCUGAAGGUAGAUCUGCAGACUAAUAGGCAGCUGGAAUCAGAGCUGCGGAGUCAGCUUUCUUCUCUGAGCAGUCAGGACCGCAGCCUUCGCUCUGAGUUGGGCCAGCUCCGUCAGGACAAUGAGCUGCUAGAGAACAAGCUCCACAGUGCCAUCCAAGCCAAGCAGAAGGAUAAGCAGACCAUGGCCCAGCUGGAGAAGAGGUUGAAGAUUGAGCAGGAGGCUCGUGCCCAAGCAGAGAAACAGCUGGCUGAGGAGAGAAAAAGAAAAAAGAUGGAGGAGGCCACUGCUGCCAGAGCAAUAGCAUUAGCUGCAGCCACCAGAGUUGAGUCCACCGACUCUCUGCGUGGACGCAUCAGAGAGCUGGAAACGGAGUGUAAGAAGAUAAGCCUGGAUGUGAAACUGAAAGAGGAGCAGCUGAGGGAUCUGGAGGGCAAAUGUCAGGAGCUGGAGAAGUAUAAAGAAAAUGAGAAGGACACAGAGGUGUUGAUGUCGGCCUUGUCGGCGAUGCAGGAGAAGACCCAGCAUCUGGAGAACAGCUUGAGCGCCGAGACCAGAAUCAAACUGGACCUCUUCUCUGCGCUCGGGGAUGCCAAGAGACAACUGGAAAUAGCACAAGGCCAGAUCCACCAGAGGGAGCAGGAGGUCGCAGAGCUAAAGCAGAAGAUAGCAGAGGUGAUGGCAGUGAUGCCGAGCCUGUCUUACUCUUCGGACAGCAGCAACCACAGCCCUGUCACUCCGCACUACUCGUCAAAGUUCAUGGACAAUAGUCCCUCCUCCCUGGAUCCAAAUGCCUCUGUCUACCAGCCCCUCAAAAAGUGACUCUGACCUCAUUUUAGACAGAACUUUGUCUUUCUUUGUUUUGGUGAAGCUUAGAUCCAGUUUUGUUCAAUUUUGAAUAUACCAGCCCCUGACAGUUCUUGCACUCUAAAUGUACCACAUAAUGACAAACACAGAGUACAUGCAACCCCUGAAUACAUAUCUUGAUUUGACUCACUUUUUUAAUUAUACUUUGACAAACAUCUUUUUUUUGUUUGAUGGGGGUUGUGCAGAAAAUAUUUUUGGUUGAGUUUUGAGCCCUAGCAGCAUGAUCUUUUUACAAAAAGAAACACACUUUGUGAUUUGCCCAGAAGAUGCAAACAUUGUUUUUUUUGUUUAUUUGUUAACAAUAUCUGUAAAGUCAAUCCCUGAGAGUUGUAAAAAAAAAAAAUCCAGUUUUAAUUGAAUUGAAUCAUUGUGCUCUUUGGUUAUGUUUCAGAAUAGUUAUCAUAGUGUACAUUUAUUCUAAAACAAUGAUUACAAAGAUGGAUUUUGUGUUCAGAUGUUCUGGUUUGUUAAUACUAACAUGGUCAGGUCUCCAGGAUUAUACGUUGAUAAAGCUUCUAUGUCCUAGGAUAAGUGCCAGCUCUGGAUUUGACCUGGUACUGAAAUAAAUGUUCAUCUUGCUGUAGACACCUUUCCUCUUCAUCUGGACCAAAUUAGAACCUGUAAGGCAAUAUUAUUUAUUAUAUUUUAUAUUGUCAAGGUAACUGAUCUCAGCCAUUAUUUGCAGACUUUGCAGUAUUCUUUCUAAGUACAAACACCACAAACUUUGCAAUCCUGAGAUACAAGGCAAGGCAGGCCUCACAGCUUCAAUACAACACACCUGUUCAAGUUUUGUUUUCAAAGGCUGAACAAUAACUCUUUACCUCAGACAUGUUCCAUGUUUUUUUUAUAACCAGUUGUUCACAAAAUGACAUACUUGGAAAUUGAAAAUAUUGCACUGGUCAUCAAAAUGAUUGUCUAUCAUGCCCUUUAUUUGGCAUUACGUUGUUUACAACAAUGUACAUUAACUUACAAAGGAAUGUUAUCUUACUUAAUUUAAUUUCAGUUUAAUCACCAAGUGUGAUCCUGUUUCAACCCAUAUUUUGAUCCCUCUAACUAAGAGUGCCGUUAUUUUUAUGUCAUUGCAUUUUACUGGACUUAGAAUAUGUGAGGACUUUAGCUGUUAGUUCAUAUUUCCAAUCAAAUUCAGUUGAUUUCCUAUGCUUUAUACCAAGGAGAAUACUGUGAAUGUGACGUGUUGGAAAAGGUUAUCCUCAACCAUAUAACUAAGUUGUACUGUCAUGUUGCCUAUCUGGAAAAAGUAAUAUUUAUGAAUCGCUCUUAUGUUGUAAAUUCAGUUCUCAAGUUGCUUUUAAAUGGUUUGUGUAAAAGGCAAACAAGUGGUUUGUUUCAUCUUUUUGUUGUUCCACCAAGAUUAUUUUCUAACUCAAAGACAGUGGCGUUUUCACACUUUUCACUUUGACCUACACUAUUAAAGAAAGUCUUGCUGUUGGGAAUACAAA